UUUCAAUAUUUCAAUGCGCAAGAGAGUGACGUUCAGUUGGUGAUCGCGAAUUUAAUUCAAAGCUGUUUUCUGUAAUGCAAUUGAAUGAAUUGUUCGUAAUACAACUAUAAAUAAUAAUAAUAAAAAAUAUUAAAGUGUUUCGCUGUGUGUUUUUUUCUGUACUUUUUUUUUUUUUUAAUUGAAGUUGAAGUGAAAUAGAAUUGAUAAUUUGUACACUUGUGUUCUGGUGGCAAUAGACCAAUUCAGAAACAAUCGCACUGCUGACUAAAAAGCAUCGGGAGGAUCUCUAAAAUUGAAUUAUGCGCCCGUUCGGCAACGAUAUUACAAACAUCUCCAACAACAAUGGAACCGGAACCAAUGGAACCAAUGGAGAGGAUCGAUCAAAUGGCAAUGGCAAUAACAAUGGCAAUGGCAAUGGCAACGGCAACGGCAAUGUUAAUGGGAACAACCCCAUCAACAGAGACAACGUCGAGGCAGACUCCAAUUCUUCGGCCACAAAUGAGCUAGGCCUGGACACAGAAACAGACCCACGUAUACCCCCACACAUAGCCAGAAUCGGCGGCAUUGUCACAUUCUCGCCAAUUGCCGGACACGGAGUGAUACGAGUCGUGCGACGCUGCGAGGACGCCAAGGAAAAUCACAAGCUAGAUCUAUCAGAAUGUGAACUCAUGCAAAUACCAGAUGCAGUGUAUCACCUGAUGCGGAAUACAGAGCUACAAACUUGUAACCUUAGUGGCAAUGUGCUGAAGAAGGUGACGCCAAAGUUUGCGCUGAAGUUUAGCGCAAUUACAGAUCUCAAUCUCUCAUAUAAUCAGUUGUCAAAGCUGCCAGACGAAUUCGCCAAUCUGAGUGCUUUAACUAACUUAAAUAUCUCGCAUAAUUCGUUUAUUGUAUUACCUCAAGUCGUCUUUAAGCUUCAGAAGCUAGCCAGUUUGGAUGCUCAACAUAAUGCCAUUUUGGAGAUCGACACGGACGAAGCCAUCAGCAGUGAUUGCCUGACUGUGGUGGAUCUGCGCAAUAAUCCGCUGAGCAGGAAUUGUCGUCGCAAAUUGGAAGAUUUUGUCACCAGCUUUCGCCUAGAGAUAUCACAGGAUACUGAGGACGAUUGGUGAUCGACUGGGAAGAAUCGAAAUAAGUGCAUUGUUAUUUAUAGAAAAACCCAUUUACUGUAAUGUUUUUAACCAUUUUAUUAAAUUCGUUUAUUUAAUGAAAUUCGCCGAAA